CACGAGCAAUUAACGGCCCCGUGCAUUUCCUGGUGCAACGCCAAACUUUUCUGGACCUUUAAAGUUAAAAGUGGUUAAAAAAAAAGGUGAGUGUGGCAGUGGAAGUGAGCAGGGCUGAAUGCCUCGACUCACCCAGACGCCUGGAAAGCGAAGUUCCUCUGGACUUUUCUCUGUUUUGGAUCAUGAUGGGGAAGUUUUCCAGCAUGUAUAUAAGCAACCAAGAAACACAGCAUCGACGAGAUUCAGGCCAAGAUGAAGUUAUUUGUUUUCAGUGUUGUCUGUGCAUUACUGCAAGUCAGUCAUCAAAAUCCAAUGAGCCACUGGACUCUGAUGCCCCAUGUUUUGGUUGUGGAGGUGGAUGGGACCGUGGGCCAGCAGCCCCUGAGCUGCCUGGAGCUUCCAGAGGAUCUUAUAAGGAAUGAAGAUAUUUUUUGGAGGAAGAACGGAGAGGAGGAAGAACACAGAGGAAACACAUAUCUGGUGCAGCUGGAGGAAAGCUUAGGAGGAGGAAACUACACCUGCCACCACAAGGAUGGAUCACUCCUCAAUUACACUGUGGUUCUGAUCCAAGAGGACGACACUAACAGGAGGAGGAUCCUUGUGAAAAACGACCAAGAUUAUUUAAAGUGCUCCACUCAAAAUUACAAUGGAGAGUUCCACUGCUCUUGGACCUGGCACAGCAGUCGCAUUGGCAAAGUGGCAUUUAUCAAAGCUCGACGUGUGACUGGCAACGAUGGCACCCAGUGUUCUGCGGAGGCCAGCGGUCAACGUUGGAUGUGCUCUUCAAGUCAGAGUAACUUCAAAUGUUCAGUGGACAACAGCGGAAACAGGAUCUUGUGCGUGGAUGAACAGCACUGUCCCUACGCAGAAGAGACCCAGCAUAUCCACUUCACUGUCUAUGUGAGGACGGAGCACUUCCUGGUGGAGAACUACUCGAAAUUCUUUUACCUGUCAGAGAUCUUGAAACCUGACAAGGUGAGAAUCAGAAAAGUCAACACUACGAUGAUAGAGUGGAGUUACCCGAGCUCCUGGAGCAGUCCCUACUCUUACUUCCCUCUCACUUUCCAAAUUGCACAGUUCAGGAGGGGAUGUCGAAGGUGUGACAACCCAUGCACUGACUUAAAAGCCACUAAGACUUUGACAGUCGACUCUACAGACAUUUGUCAUCUUGAAGUAAAGCACAAAGCUCAGGCUGUCUGUGUUCGAGCUAAGGAUGCUCUCUGUGACUCACAGUGGAGCGAAUGGAGCCACAUCAGAUUGGGGAGAAACAAGAAGAACAAGAACAAGAAGAAGUAUCAUCAGUAAAACAAAAAAUGAGCUUAAAACCAGGAAGAAUCCCCAAACUGGACAUCUUAUAAUAAGAUUAUGUUUUAAAAAGGUUAUGCAAGACAAAUUCCCUUAU